ACCAAAAAGGACAACCUCGGGUUCGACUCCCUUUGGACCGCGCGCUUGCUUGUACCACGCUCCAUGCGUAACGAGUUUGAUGAUGGGCCGCAGGAGUUCUGCGACGAGGUACAGACAGGCGACAUAGUGAUCAACCAUAAUCAAUUUCCUAGCUUCCUAUACGACGACAGCGACUUCGACCGGGAUAGGCAAUUCAAAGGGCUCUUCCAAGGGGACGUUCUCAGCAAGUCAUACCGAGCCAUCUUUACCGGACCCAGCUCGGCCUUCAAACCGCCUGGUGUUUGUGGGUCUGGGCGAGGCUCAAUUUCGAAGAACUACCGCCUUGACCGAGUCAUCCCCGGGAGCAUUGCGUACGUUGCAUGCUUGGUUCGCUUCGUCCUCUCUACGACCGAGCAGUGGGAGGGUGCCGUCAACGGCACUUUUAAUGGCGAAGAGUUCUACGAGCGCAUCAUGAAGGUUUUCACCAACGACGACUUCGCGUUUGAGACGCUCUCAGCAUGGAAUGCAUACGUCUACGGUGAUGCGACUAGGCGUCGUACCAAUGCCGCCGCGCAAGUGGACCUCCCGGAUGAGGCCGACCUCAUCCUGCAGCAGCUCGCGUUGCAGGCCGCUUCCGAGCCCCCUUCGGCGACCGCCGCUUCGACGUCCUCAUCCUCCGAGUCUCAGCAGUCCGACACUCUCAUGACCACCACUACACUCGGCGCCGACGCCCCCUCGUCCUCCAUUGUCCCUGCGGGCCCCGCAGGUGGCGCUAACUGAGUAUCUGCUCAUUUUCUGUACAAUCUAAAUGUGUGUCCUGGGUCGAAUGUACCGUAUUUUGUGGCCCACAAUAGAAUCCCGCG